CAACCCCAAACCCCAGAAUUCCCCCGCCAAGCCAAGCCAACCCAAUCCCUCCCUCCCUCAACACCCCGCCUCGCCACACCACACGCGCGCGUGGAGGCGGCUCCUCCGCCUAUGCGGCACGGGCGGCGCGCGCCCACGACGAGGAACUUCCAUGAGGAAGAGCGACCGCGAGAAGAAACCGCGCGACAGCAGCAAGGAGGAGCGGCGGCGGGGAGGAGCGCCGCGGGCGGACGGCGGGAUGCGCAUCGUGGUGCCGCUGCAAGGGGUGGUGCAGGGCCGGGGCGGGCUCGUCCUCGGCUCCCUCAUCCCCUGCGCGCUCUUCUACUUCCUCCAGCUCUACAUCAAGCGCAACCGCCCCCCGCCGACCCCGCCGGCCACCGACGCCUCUGCCUCCUCCGACGCCCCCGCGGCGGUCUCGCCGAUCCACCGCUCCCUCUCGCGGGGCCUCCUCCUCUCCCCGCGCGCGCUCCCGGCGCUCUCCGCCCGCGGCGCGCUCGUGCGCGGCGGCGGAGGGAACGACGAGUCCCUCUACUACGCCGGCCUCCGCCGCUGCGCCGACGACCCCUACCACCCGGCCCACAACCCCGCCGGCGUCAUCCAGCUCGGCCUCGCCGAGAACCACUUGUCUCUGGAUUUGGUGGGGAAGUGGAUGGAGGAGCACGCGGGGCCGGCGGUGACGCCGAGCGGAGACGACGAGGAGAGGGACCUCACCAUCAGGGGCCUCGCCACAUACCAGCCCUACGACGGGAUACUUGCCUUGAAGAUGGCUCUUGCUGGAUUUAUGAGGCAAAUCAUGAAAGAGUCAGUAUCCUUUGAUCCAUCUCAAAUGGUGAUAACAUCUGGCGCGACUUCUGCAAUGGAAAUACUGAGCUUCUGUGUUGCUGAUCCAGGAAAUGCAUUCCUUGUUCCAUCACCAUACUACCCUGGGUGGGACAGGGACAUAAAAUGGCGAACUGGUAUUGAGUUGAUACCUGUCCCUUGCCGUAGCACUGACAAUUUUAACAUCAGUAUCACUGCUCUUGAAAUAGCCUACAAUCAGGCAAAGAAGCGAGGAGUAAGGGUCCGUGGGGUUCUCAUAUCUAACCCUUCCAACCCUACUGGAAGCUUUGUGCCCAAGCAAACACUGCACGAUCUUCUAGAUUUUGCUACAGAGAAGAACAUACACUUAAUUUCUGAUGAAGUAUUUGCUGGUUCAACAUUUGGAAGUGGUCAAUUUGUCAGUGUGGCAGAGGUUGUGGAUGAGCUAGAAGACUUCGACAGGGGCAGGGUUCACAUAAUCUAUGGACUAUCGAAAGACCUAUCUCUUGCGGGGUUUCGAGUUGGAGUUAUAUAUUCGUAUAAUGAAAGCAUUGUGGCAGCAGCUGCUAAGAUUGCUAGAUUCUCAUCUGUGUCAACUCCUACACAACGCCUGCUUGUUGCCAUGCUUUCAGACCAAAAGUUUGUUUCGAGUUACCUGAAGAUUAAUAGAGAGAGGCUCCGAAAGGCUUACAAUUUACUUGUUGAUGCUUUGAAACAAGUGGGCAUUGAGUGCUUCAAGAGCAGUGGAGGAUUCUACUGCUGGGCAGACAUGAGCAAGUUCAUCCGGUCUUACAGUGAGAAAGGAGAACGCAGGCUUUGGGAUAGGCUGUUGGAGGAGGCAAAGGUCAAUGUUACCCCAGGCUCAUCUUGCCAUUGCAUUGAGCCUGGAUGGUUUAGGUGCUGUUUCACAACAUUGAGCGAGCAGGAUAUUCCUGUGGUGGUGGAAAGGCUCAGGAGGGUCACACAUAGCCACAAACCAAACCGUUAAAAUGCCUAAAAUAUUCCUUUCAGGUUUGCAAGGCAUCAAAAAAUAACUGCUUCGCCAGGCACCUCACAGAAAAUGCAGGAGCACACAGGAAAAAUGCCAUAACCCAAUCUGAUUCAACCAUAGGAUUUCCUUCUUUGCAUCUGCCAUGGAGGAGGUUUGGAACUGCCAGUUGGUAGAAGCAGUCGAGUGUCCAUGAUUGGUGGAACAAAGAUGGGGAUCUGUAAACAUGUUCAUAUUGGUUGUGUCUCCUCUGUUCCCGAUGAAUCUAGUCGCGUGCGGCUCUUUAGAAGGUUAUUAUCUGUUGAUCCUCAUCUGCUCUCCCAGGUGCCUAGGGUGGUAAAAUGCCCGUCUGAUGAUAGGCUUAGUUGAUCUUGUUUAUUCACCCAUUCAGUCUUGUUAUCUUUUCCUCUCUUCUGCCAAUUUUAUUCUUUGGUAACAUCAGUUAGAGCCGAGGAAUUGAGUUUUUUUGGUCAUUUGUAAAGUAUCCUGCCUGUGACAGGGUUUUUGACGCAGUGUAUUAUGUUAUCAUCAAAAGUAUUUAUAUCUUGGGUUCA